UCGAUGGGGUUGGGUUUUGUGUUCUUGGUUUCUUCCCCUGUGCGCGCGCGCGAUGCAUAAAAUCUCCCCACCACAAAAUCCAUUUCCCCUAAUUCCUUUUCAAAAUUCUCCACCAAACCCCUCUCGCAUUGAGAUCGAGGGUGUUGGAUUAGGGUUUUGCAUAGAGAGAGAGAGAGAGAGAGAGCGUAAGAGGGCGUAAUGGGUUCGGAGAGGAAGGUGAUACGAGGAGGAGGAGGAGUGGAAGGGGAAGUAGCGGAGGAGGAGCCAAUUUUGGUGGAGAAAUCGCAGCGGUUUUGUAUGUUUCCGAUCAAAUAUAAGCAGUUGUGGGAGAUGUACAAGAAAGCCGAAGCAAGCUUUUGGACUGCUGAGGAAGUUGACCUUUCACACGAUGUCCAUCAGUGGGAGAGACUGUCGGAUUCGGAAAAGCACUUUAUAAGCCACGUGUUAGCCUUUUUUGCAGCAUCCGAUGGCAUUGUUUUGGAAAAUCUGGCAGCUAGAUUCUUAAAGGAUGUACAGAUUCCAGAGGCUCGAGCAUUUUACAGUUUCCAGAUAGCUAUGGAGAACAUCCAUUCCGAGAUGUAUAGCUUGCUUAUUGAGACAUAUAUUAAAGAUACAAAGAUGAAGCACAAGUUGUUCAAUGCCUUAGAAAACAUCCCUUGUGUCGCUAAGAAGGCAAGGUGGGCAUUAACUUGGAUAGAAAGUUCCACUUCUUUUGCUGAGAGGCUUGUAGCCUUUGCGUGUGUCGAAGGAAUAUUUUUCUCUGGAAGUUUCUGUGCCAUUUUUUGGCUAAAGAAGAGAGGUUUGAUGCCUGGAUUGACAUUCUCAAAUGAACUUAUAUCAAGAGAUGAGGGCCUCCAUUGUGAUUUUGCAUGCCUUUUGUAUAGCUUUUUGCUUAGACCCUUGAAUUGGCAAAAGGUUCAUCAAAUUGUCGAUGAUGCCGUCGAGAUCGAAAUCGAGUUUGUCUGCGAAGCUCUUCCUUGUGCGUUGAUUGGGAUGAAUGCGGACCUCAUGAGCCAAUAUAUAAAGUUCGUCGCUGACCGGUUAUUGGUUUCAUUGGGGUGCCUGAGAAAGUACAAUGUAGAAAAUCCGUUUGAUUGGAUGGAGUUCAUAUCCCUGCAGGGGAAGGCAAAUUUCUUCGAGAAGCGAGUCGGAGACUAUCAGAAGGCCUCAGUAAUGACAAGCAUUGAAGGCGGAGCUUCUAACUAUGUUUUUCGACUGGACGAAGAUUUCUAGAUACAAAUAUAUAUAUGUUGUAAUUGUCUUGUUACCCAGAGUUUUUCGAUGCAUACGGCAAUGAUCUACCCUCAUUUCAAGUUACUGGAUAACAUAAUCAGUAACUCCAUUAAAUUCAGCUUUUGUUUCAUCUCUCAAUUUUGGCCAUUGUAAAAAGCUCUAUCGCGAAAUGCACCUGAGAUGGAACUUUUAGGCUGGAGAAAAAUUUUUUUUUUUUUUUUUGAUAUGUAUAAUGAGAUAGUUUUGUAUAAUAUGCGUGUUUGAUUUGUCGGAAAAGAAGAAAACAGAUUCAGAGGGAAAA